ACAAGACAAGACAAGCCCUUUCCCUCUCCUCUCCGUCAGAACCACAUCAACAUUUUUAUAUCUUUACACCUCUCGCGCGGUGAUUCUGCCCACCGACAUGUAAAUUUGCUAAUUUGAUCUCUUGUUGGCACUGUGCUAUAAUUAUCAAUUAUAUACCUCUUUCCCUAGUAUUUAUCUCAAGCAACCUUACCUACUUACUACGAACUAAAAGUAGGUAGGUAGAUGUUCAAGCAUCAACAAGGCACUAAAAUUUUAUACCCUGCACAAUCGAAUCUAGCGUGGUCAUUUCCAGCCCAGCUUGGUAUCACUUCUUUGCCCUUGCUAUUUCACUUGCAUUUCACUUCCCGCCCACAACCAUCAUACAUACACAUACAUCCUGUACGGAUAGACAUUUUGAACAAACUUCCCUACCAACGACACGAACGGAAUUUCUCAUAUGAACUGAGGGUAAAGCAUAUUCAACUCGGUCCUCCACCCUCCCCUAUCAUAGAAUAUUCUUAUCUCAAAGUUCGUUUUUUGUUUUGGCUUUUGGAAAGAAGAACAAAAGGACGAAAUUCUAAUACAGAUCGAUCAUCGCAUCGUCAUUCGUCAUUCAAAUACUGUUAGUAUUCAUUCAUUCACGCAAUCAACCUAUCGAAUGAAUAGUCAAUCAAUUCAUUGAUUCACCGAAUGUGUUGGCUUUCUAGGGCACCUAAAGGCAGUCAACCUCGAUCAAAUUAAUUUCUCCUACCCUACCCUUGACUCUUUUUCUUCCUCUUCUUCUCCUUCUCUUUUACUUCAUCACACAUAUUUGCUAUUUACAGCCUCAUCCUUCGACGACAAGAGUACCUACUUGUCAUCCCUCCUUCAUCUUUCCGCCAAUCCCUAUCCGAUACCUAAUUUUCGAUUCUCGUACACUUCAGAGUGCGUCGCAAACGAAGGCACUAUUUUCCAAUAGGAACUUCUCAUGGAACACAAGGUCUAGCUCUAUUCGAAUGUAACCGUGGCAGCCUGCAGCCAUUUUACGGCUCGCCGCCUAUUGUCAGCAAUCCAUAGAACCUUCAACCUCCCCCGCCUGGUGCAAGAGCAAAGCAGCUUCAAUUUUACCACUUUCCCCAACUAGUACCGUGUACUAUUCACUAUACUUGGGGUAAUCACAUAACAUAUUUAAUACAUCGAUUGAUCUUAUUAGGUUGGCGGUCUGAAUCAAAUUCAAGUCGGUCCUCCUCUGCGUAGGAGAGUGGCCUUGCCACACCGAACCCCAAGAUGGCCUCAAAUUUUCCACAAAUGGGUGGUGCGGGCCAGAUGAUGCCACAGCAACAACAGCAGCACCAGCAGCACCAGCACCAGCACCAGCACCAGCAACAACAACAACAGAUGCAGCAACAAAUGCAUUUACAACAGCGGCAACAGGGAGUGACUACGCAGAUACAUAAUGCGAUAUUUCAGAGACUUCAACAACAAGGACAGACGCCAUCGGGCUGGCAGGCGCUGCUAUCGCCUCAAGAACGUAUGGGAGGGAUUUUCAAUAUGUAAGUUGUUUUCAGCCUUCAUGAUUCUAAUUUUUGUAAUUUAUGUAGCGAAAAGUCUUCCUAACUGGCACAUGUACUACAUAAUCACGGACCAUUGAUACUAAUUUUUAUACAGUAUUGGUGCUCUCCGAAUUCUCGCUCAAAACCAAAAUCAAAAUCAGUCUGGGGGGAUCCCAAAGUUACUCGAAAUUGCUGUCAAGUUCGAGCAAGAGUGUUUUCUUACUUCACCCGAUAAAGUAUUAGAUGAUGUCAAUGAUUCACUAUUCAUAGCUAACGAUUUUAGGCUUCCUAUAAGAAUAAAAUGAAUGAGAAGCAACGUGAGUUACACCAAGCUCGAAUGCAAUCCCAGCAAACCAUGCAACAACAGGUAAACUCGCAAGCGCAGGCCCAACAGCAGAUGAUGAUGAUGAAUCAAAAUGGUAUGCAAGGCCAAAUGCCGAGAAACAUUCCUCAGCAACCUCCCCAACAAGGCUUUCAGCACCUUCAGCACCAGAUGCAAGCGUCGCCAUUACCGCCUCAGCAAUCACAGGGCAUGCCGAACGGUCUACCAAAUGAUGCCAUUUCGCAAAAUAUGCCUCAGAAUGCACAGAUGCAAGCGAAUGGUAUGCCAAAUCAAAUCCAGCACGGACCUGGCAGGCCUGUAAAUGGCCAGCACCAAUUACAACCAACGGGGAACGAUGCCGCGGAAGUUAAUCGAGAAGCAAUGAAAAUGUUAAGCGAAGCUCAAGACCAUGACAAGAUUAACAUAAGGGCGAACUUGCGAGCAAAAAUGAGUCCAGCGCAAGUCCAACAGCAGGAGGCCAGUGGGUCGGACAUUGCCUUUCUAUGGUUUCGCCAGCAAGCUACGAUGAGAUGGCGUAACCGUCAACUUCAGAUGGCGCAAGGACAGGGUGUUCCUCAAGGACAGCAGUCUGCAAUUCCUCAGCAUCCACAAAAUGGCCCCGCAACGGCUCCUAUGAUGCAGCAGCAGAGGUCUAUGAAUCCGAGUCCUAUGAACGGUCAAUCGCAACCACCCACAACGAUGGGUGGUGGCCCAGACUUUAAUUCCUUCUUGGGCAACAUGGAGAACUUGAUCGGUCAGCAGCAGCAAGCGGGAGUGUUGGCUCAGGAAGCAGGUCAAAUUGUUGUACCCGUUAGCGCGCCCAGGAAUAACACCCCUCAGCCCAAUGUUUCCAUGCCAGGUCAAGCAAUGAACAUGAACGAACAGCGCUCAGUUUCGAACCCGAUGGCGAGAACACAGGUGCAGCAGACUCAGAUAUUUAACGCCCAACAGUCACAGCGUAUCCAACAGCAGCAGCAGCAGCAGCAACAGUCACAGCAAGCUCAAGCUCGGGCGAAUGCGGCCGCCAAGGCACAGAUAGGUUUGCAAGGUCAGCCUGGCGGAAUGGGCUCCGGCCCAAUGCCUUCACAGCAGAGCCCUGCCAUGAAUACGCUUAACACCCCUUUAAGGACACCACAGCAGAUGGGUCAUUCUGAGGUUGGUGGAAUGAAUCAUAACCCACAAUUUGGUCAGCCACUAGAUCCACGUUUUCCGCCAGGUGGUCAGAGAAUGUUUGGUAACACCAUGCAUGGAUUCAACCCCGCAAUGUUGCGGGACAUGGGUCCAGAACAACGACAACACUUUGCAUCUUUGCCACCCGAAAAGAUGAAUGAGUUCGCCAAAACCUGGCAAGCUCAGCAGCAGCCAAAUCAGAUGCAGCAAGCUACACAAAUGCCAAUGCAAGGGAACAAUAAUCUACUCCGUCCAGGACAGCCAGGCCCACAGGCUGCACAAUUUGCGCAACGACAACAUGCUAUAAAUCAAUUUUUGAUGAGCAACCCUGGGCAGCGCCUUCCUCAAUCGCUCUUGGCCAACUUGACGCCGCAACAGCAAAUGAUCGUACAACAACAAAUGACACAGAAUGCCAUGCAGUCGCGAGCUGGAAAUGUAUCUGUAGAUCAGAGCCGGGUAUUGCAGCAAAUGGACAAUAUGGAUAUCCCUGCCCCGUACCUUACUAAUCCUCACAUGGUUCAAGGAAUCCCCCCAGAAAUCAAAAAGUGGGGCCAGUUAAAACAAUGGGUCAGCUCGACUCCCACCAUGCCACCGCAGGCACUUGACACCGUGAGAGGUUUGCAAAAGAUGCAUUACAUGCAGCUUAGCCGGCAAAGACAAGCUGCACAGCAGCAGCUAAAUACAAUGGGUGGUAACCCAGCUCCAAUGGGUGGUCAAAAUUCCAUGUCUAUGGUACCUCCCAGAAUGUCAGCUCCUGUUGCCCCUAUGGGUCAAAAUCCAGUUCAAAUGCCCAAUGGGAUGAAUAUGGGCCCUGGAAUGAUGCGACAGAUUACACCCCAGGACAUUAUAAACAUUCGUAAUCAUCACACCGGUAAAUUUGCUAACGCCAGUGAUGAACAAAUUCGAGGGUUCCUAAUGCAAAACCAAUUCAAAAGUAUCCAGGCAGCCCAACAACGCCAAGCUCAAAUGAACAUGGCGCAGAUGAAUGGCCAGCAGGUACCCCAAAAUACCCAACCAGGACUACCGAACUCUUCCCAGAUGACUACUCCUCAGCAACCAUCGGGACAAAUGCCACAACAAAAGCCAGCCGCUUCAGUACCAGAGCCAGCAGGCCCAUCCAUUCCCACACCUGCAAGUCGCCCUCGACCUCCACCCAAUAACAAGUCGACAGCCGGACAAAGUUCCUCGCCUGCUCAACCAGCUAAGAAUAAUUUGAAACGGGCUAGCAGCGAUGAUGUCGUAGAAGUUCCCAACCCUAAUGGGCAACAGCGCCCAGCGCCAGCGCCAGCACCACAGCAGAGAGCUGCGCCCAGGCUCACACCAGACCAAGUAGCCAGACUUGAUCCAGAGCAAAGGAAAACUUAUGAAGCUAUGCUACGUCAAUCGAUCAACGGAAGACAACAGGCGGUUGCAGGCAACUCUGAAGCGGAAGCGAUUAAUAGGAAACUCAAAGAGCUUUCUGCUGAAGAAGAAAAGGCGAUCGCGGAGAAUCCUCUUUCUGACAUACCCAUGGAUGCAGAGACUAAGAAAAGCAUGAUGCAGGCCUUGCUGCCUAUGCCUGCUCAUCUCUCAAACAUUUCGCGAACCAUAGGCCAGUGGUAUCACCUGACUCGUGAUGAUACCCGAGCCAAAUUAUUUUUCCGCGCGGUAAGUUAUGAAUCUAGUUAAGUAAAGACCUCAGGGAUAACGCUAACAUUUUUCAGCGAUCGCGCUUGGCACGGCAAUUUAAAGAUCCCAAGGAUAUGAAAGAGCUCAAAGAUACCUUUUCAAUAAGGCUCACUGAUGUUGAGCAAGCUCGAACAUUAUUUACCGCAAUCAUUGUGGAUCUCAGCAAUAAACAUCCAAUGUUGAAAAAGAGUGGUGGAUCUUCCGAUGCCCAAGGGACAUCAGCCACUCCAUCUACUGCAUCAAACGCUCAAAAUUCGGAAGCAGUACCUCUUAAUGCUGCCAAUCUACAACAGCAGCAGCAGCAGCUCAACAAGAUGCAUCACCAAAGAUCAAACAGUCGCAGCUCUCAUCCACCAGCAGCCCCUACGUCGUCCCAGCCACCAUUUCCCUUUGGAGCCUCAUCCCCUCAUGGCCAGCCCAGAUACAUUGGGAAGCCACCGGCUGUCACACAGGAGACCCUUCAUAUUCCUGCGCGCAAGAAGCAGAAGCCAAAUGGAACGCCAGGUCAAGGUCAAGGCACUCCGGGAUCUACCUCCUCACCCCAGAUCACCAAAGUCCCCUCACCUGAGGUCAAACGUCAACAAAUCCCAGAACCGAAAAUCGCGACUAAACCAACUUGGCCAUGUAAUGACGAGGUAUGUGAACGUCAAAAUAUUGGAUUCGAGAGUCAAGAGGAACUCUCUCGUCAUACUCAGGUGGAGCAUAGGUUACCAAUGCAAAACCCACAGAAGUUUGCCGAGGAUUUUCUUCGUCCAAUGCUAGGUCUAGAUUCUCAAGACCAGUCGAAUGCAGCAGCAUCGACUAUGGAUGCAGCUACAUCAUCCAAGCAAGACCAGACACCAAAGGUUGAAACUAUCACUCCAUCCGCGUCAGCUGCUACCCCUAUGAAUCGUCAAAGUUCAACGAACAAACAGAGUGGCACGAUGCAGGGCAAAGCGAAACCUCAGUCUGACUUCGCCACGGAUACCUCCAAGUCUCAGAAAGAUAUCAACAAGGAAGAUUCAAAUCCGCCAGCUCAAGAAGUUAUUGUUGAUGCUUGGGCAAAUGCAACUAUCGAUCCUAAUGAACUUGUCCGAACCUUCCAACCAUUCGAAGGCGGGGCUGGCGGGGCUAUUUCUGAUGUAAAUGUCUACCGAUCUGUUACACCCAAUGAUACGCCAGAGUCGAGUAAGGACGGUGUGUCAGAGCCCACUAGUGAUAUCUCUGAAGGAGUGAAUUUGGAUAUUGCCUUGGACGUAAUUGACGACACAUGGUAUCCCUUUGGGCUAAGCGAUACCGAGGCCCUGGUGGACAACAAUACAAAUUUUUAUAAUGCAAAUAUCGCGGAAAACUUAACGAUGUUUAAUGAUUUAGAAUUUACCAACCCUCCACAGAACUGGGAUGACAUGGAAGGCAAAGUAAACUUUGAUCAACCGUUCCAAUUCAACAUAGAUGAUCAAUAUUCUAUGGAUGUUAACUAGUUGAGCAUACGGGGUCUCGUCAAUGACUUUUGGAAGGCGUUUCUGUGAUGGAAAGGAAAAUACAGGGUAAUUGGAAAAUCAAUGAGAUGAUAUACCAAUGAAAAGCACGGCGUCUUGGGAUAAGACUAUUACGAGGAAAGGACGGGAUAUUUUGCCUACUAUAGCACUUUUUGAUUUAGCAGGGCGUUCAGUGGGGAUGAAAGAAUUUUUUCCUUUACGGGAAUGUGCUUUUGGUUAUUGCUAUGCACAAUGAUUCUAAUGGCUUCUUGAACAGAUAUAUAUUACAGUUUUUUUUGGUUACCCGAAUGACAAUAGUUUUCAAUUUUCUUUCUUCAAAUGUGGAAUAGUAGGAAAAUGAAAAGCGAAGUAUGAGAAGAUAUUGGAUUUGUUUUUCACCCGGUCGGAUCGUAUGUUUGCAUGUAUGAAAGACUAUGAUUAUAGUAUUUUGCAUAUUUGGUAUAUUGUGUAUA